GCUAUAAAAUCCAUGAAAACACAAAGUACAUUUCUAAAAAAAAUUGCAACCAAUGCUUAAAGCAAGGAAAGUCUAGCAAAAAGCAUAAAAAGCUAUACAUUAAAACUAGCGACAAUAAAGAUCGGUGUUACACAUUAAAAGCCCAACCAUGUAAUAACUUACAUUACACUGUAUUUUUUUAGUUUUAAAAGUGUAAAGUGGGAUUAUACAUCCAAGAAAUAACGUAUGACAAUUCAAAAAUAGUGAAAAAGUUCAUGCAUGUUCUGUGUGCACCUGUUUAGUAUCAGGGUGCCUCAGUCAUUGUGAUUGUGUGUCUAACUAGAGGCAUCUUAAUCUCUGAAGCACAGAAGCAAUGUGUAUCAGAAGCAAUGUGCUGGAAAAGGUGGGGUGACAAAAUGGAUAUGCUGUCCAGUGACUUUGUUCCACACAAAUUCAUACAGGCAAGAGAAAUAUGCUUUGGGUUUCUAUAGGGCAGAUUUCCACAUUUUAAAAAAUCUGUCAUUGCAGAUCGGGCCAACUAAGGAAUCCAGGUGCAUGAAGAAAUAUCUGACAUGAGGUUGGAAACUAGUUUCAGACUUCAUGGGUAUGCAAUACCCUGCUGGAAAAUGGCAAUUGUAGUAGGAUGCUGUGACUCAGAUAUUUAUUUCUGAUUUAUGACUGCUCACAGGGAUGCUGGGACAUUCCAUCUGGAGAUAUUUUCAAACACCUAAUCCUUUCCCACCUGAUCUUACUUAUGAACUUGCUCUAUUAAAGUUAUUUCUGUCUUCAGUAAGAAGUGGUUUCUGAAUAUUUAAAAACCCAAAAUUACAGAGAGAAGACAGGAAUCAGCAAGAAAGCAGAUGAUGCAUAUUAUUAUACUUUAUAAAAAUAAUAUAAUAUUUUAGAGAUCAAUGGCAUGAUUUGAAACAUCCACAUCAAUUAACCUCCCAAUAUUACUGGCAGGAUGAAGCUCUUCCAAAUUCAGAACUUUCCAGACAGGCUGAUUAAACAUAGUAUGCCGUCAAAUAAUAGUUGCUGGGAAUCACAAGUGUGGAAUGUGUUGUUGCGUUCAUGUCUUGCUUUGUGACCUUCUCACAGAGAUAUUGUUGGCCACUAUUGAAAACAGGAUGCUGGACAAUGACAGGGCUUUCAAUCCAUAAGAAGAUCCAGCAGACCUCUUUUUAUACAGUAUUAUUAAAGCAGGCUUGUGCUUCUGUAAUUUUAUAUUGAGAAGAGGGGAUUUUAGCAGGUGGAGCUGCUGGUUUUAGAUGUGACCAGCUCCACUUUGGAAAUCCACACAAUUCCCAAGGCUGUAACCUUAACUUAUGCUUUCUUCCUCGAACGAGUCCCAUUCAGCAACAUGAGGCUGACUUCCGAGCACCUGAUAUGCAAAAAGGUAGAAGGAGCCUCGGCCACCUGUGCACUUGGCGAGCUACCUUAACUGCAAAAUGAAGUUUAUACCGAAUGUUAUAUUUGAGAGCCAAUGUGGACCUGGGAAAAACCAGUGUUCAAAUCCCCACUUGGGCAUGAAGCUCACUGGGUGACCUUGGGCCAGUCACUAACCUACCUCACAGGGUCGUCGUGUGGAUUAAAUGAGGAGGGCAGAAGUAUCCCGCUCAGAAGGAGUAUUAAACCUCGUCUGACUCAUAGCAGAGAACUUGAAAUGAGAACUACCUUUCAAGAGCUACUGAUUUACAUAAUUUUCCUUACAGAUCUAUGUAUAUUGACAUUUGGAAUGGUGAGCACAGAUAUGUAUUACCUGAACAAAGUUAUGGCAGAUCUCUUUCUAGAAACCCCUCUGUCGGAUAACGAUCGUACAGACUUCAAGUCUAUGAGCAGCAUUGCUGACUUUUGGCAGUUUAUAGAAGGACCACUUCUGGAUGGCCUUGAUUGGGGAACUUCGUACAACAACGAUUCCACACCCGAUGAAACAAACACCACACUUAUCUACUAUGAGAAUUUACUGUUAGGAGUACCUCGAAUUCGACAACUAAAAGUCCGUAACAACACAUGUUCUAUCUAUCCCUCUUUCCGGGCAUUUAUGAAAGAAUGUUAUGGUAAAUAUCAGUAUUUACAUGAGGAUAGACAAUCAUUUGGCUUUAAGAAUGCCUCUGAGUGGCAUUAUUCCACUUCUAAAUCACUCUCCCCAUGGCAUUGGGGCCUUAUUGGGCUAUACAGUAGUGGAGGAUUUAUGUUCACCUUGCCCAAGUCAAAGGCAGAAAGUGCAGCAAAACUUGCUUUCCUCAAGAAGCAUAACUGGAUCACCAGAGGAACAAGGGUUAUCUUCAUUGACUUUUCAAUGUAUAAUGCCAAUGUAAACCUCUUCUGUGUGGUCAGGCUCAUUGUGGAAUUUCCUGCAACAGGUGGUGCAAUCCCCUCCUGGCAGUUCCACUCUGUAAAGCUUCUCAGAUACGUCAGCUAUUACGAUUAUUUCCUGGCCUCUUGUGAAGUCAUUUUUUGUCUUUUCAUCUUCACUUUCACCAUCCAAGAAGUUUUAAAAUUAAAGAAACAGAAAAAGGACUAUUUUAGAGAUGCCUGGAACUGGCUGGAUGUGUUACUGCUCCUGUUGUCUGUUUUUGCUAUUUUCUUCAAUGUUUACCGAACUAUUGAAGUGUCCAGGUUGAUGGAAAGUCUGCUCUCCAAUUCAGAAGCUUAUCCAGACUUUAAUUUCCUUUCAUUCUGGCAGACCCGUUACAAUAAUAUGAUUUCAGUGAAUGUAUUUUUUGCAUGGAUAAAGAUAUUUAAAUACAUAAGCUUUAACAAGACCAUGACCCAGCUGUCUUCCACUCUAUCCCGUUGCGCUAAAGAUAUCAUCGGAUUUGCCAUCAUGUUCUUUAUCAUCUUCUUUGCAUACGCACAGUUGGGUUACCUGGUCUUCGGGUCUCAAGUGGACGAAUUUUCCACUUUUCAGAAUUGCAUUUUUACCCAAUUUCGCAUCGUGCUUGGAGAUUUUAACUUUGCCGAAAUAGAGCAUGCAAAUCGAAUUCUUGGGCCAAUUUACUUCAUCACAUUUGUGUUCUUUGUGUUCUUCGUACUGCUGAACAUGUUCUUGGCAAUCAUUAAUGACACAUACUCUGAAGUGAAAGCUGAUUUUUCAGUCAUCCCAAGCAGAGAAUUUGAGAUCAGUGAUCUUAUUAGACAGAGUUACAAUAAAGCUCUAGUCAAACUCAAACUGAAGAGGCAGACAUCACAGACAGAAGACUUGUAUGGAGUAAGCAGAAGCUCCAGGACAGAUGCGAAUAAGAGCCUCUCCAGAAUUGGUAGUUUGGACAAGGAUGUUUCCAGGAAACGGAAAUCUUACGGUAGCUCAUCCGCAGGACUUCAGAAUGCAGUUUCUUACACUGAAUUUCAAAGACUUUCCAGAUAUACAGCAGAAAUGGAGAAACAACUGAAAGAAGUGACCUAUAAGCUUGACAUGCUUAUGAAUGCUGCUCCUAAAACCACAGUCUCACCAUGAAAGCUACAGUAGGGAAAGCGCAAGACAAAAGUGAACACCUAACAGUACUAUGGACAUCAUAAGAAAACAACCUUUCACUAUUAUGAAGAAACUUAAUUUAUUUUGAAGAAUCUUGUUUGCU